UGUGUGUGGUGGGGAGUGGGCAUUAUACUGAAGUAGUUACUGGGAAUAUAGUAUGGAUCAGUGAAUGUGAUCAGGUAUUAGCUGCAGCUUUAGCCAUGGGGUCAGGGGUUAGCCACAGUGUCCAGCCAUAGAUUCAGCCCUGUGUGACUUUUUCACCCACCCUCUCAUUAUGCUUGGGUCUUCAGCUAUGGUAAACAUUGAUCAUUUUGGGUUAGCAAAGAUUCAUAUGACCGUAAGUUGAACAUUGUGGGUAGGCCUAUAAACGUGCAUUUCCUCUGUCAUGUGUAGGUACCUCUACACAGACCGAAUGUGUAACCCUACCAUUUCUCUCUGACAACACUAGUGGGUUUGGGUCUUGGCCAUAUGCACAAAUAGGCCUCGAUCUGUGUGUUCUCUUCACACAUACCCACUGUUUUUGUGUGGCUAUGAGCGGGAUCUCUCUCCCUCAGCGCCACGUUCUUACAGAAUGAUCUCUCUGUUCUGAUCCCUCUCCUCUUUAAGCUUGUUAGAUCCCAGUCUGUUUCCCAGGGACACCAUGAGAUUAGGUGUGUGUGUGUGUGUGCAGGCGUGCCCGUUUGAGUGUGUAGCCUAUGUGAACAUGCUGUGUGGGAGGAGUCUGUACUUGGCUGUUCCCUGACCUUGGAUGAGAAAAGUGUCUGGGUGUGAGAGAGCGAGAAAGACCGACUUGGAGAGUUUGGCAUCAACAUAAUGCACAUCAAGUUAUAAGGAAGGGAGGGGGACAGACCGAGACCAUGGGGGCUGCAGUAUAGGCUACUGCAGUGCAGGUUUGUGGGGUGUUGUUUCUGUGGCUGAAGAGAGAUUUGCAUUAGGAUUCUGAGGGACACCUGGCAACCUGUGGCUGAGCCCAGGAGUGACGAUGUCUGUACAGGCCAGAAGACGACACAGCAUUCAGCAGCCAAUGAAAGAGCCCGGAACAGGAAGCUGAGAUGGAGUUCUCAGGGUGCCCUGUUGCUGCCGGUGUUGCCGACGAGGCCCAGGAGGCGGAGCAGGCGGAGAAGGAGGGCCACGCCCAGGUUCUAUUUGAUGAGUUUGUCCAGGCGUCCACCUGCAGAACGACACUCCGUGCCUUCAACCUGCUGUGUGAGCACCUUCAGCUCAAACACACACACACACAGCCACAGACAUACCCCCCGACGCAGCCGCAGAGGCCUUUCUACCACAUCCUCAAAGAACGCCUCAGCUACUGGAAGGCCAACGCACUGUGGGCCAAACUGGACAAACGGGCGUCCCACCACGAAUACGGGAAGGGCCGUGUCUGUGCCAACACAACGUGUGUGAUCAUUGGGGCGGGGCCAUGUGGUCUGCGUACAGCAGUAGAGCUGGGGUUCCUGGGGGCCAGAGUGGUGCUGCUGGAGAAGAGGGAUGCCUUCUCCAGGAACAACGUCCUCCACCUCUGGCCUUUCACCAUCCAUGACCUCAGGGGCCUCGGGGCCAAGAAGUUCUACGGAAAGUUCUGUGCUGGAGCCAUUGACCACAUCAGUAUACGGCAGCUACAGUUGGUGUUAUUAAAGGUGUCUCUGUUGUUGGGGGUGGAAGUCCAUGUCAACGUAGAGUUCAAGGGACUGGUGGAGCCACCUGCGGACCAGGAGCAACAGAAGGUAGGCUGGAGGGUGGAGGUGAAACCCAAGUCUCACCCUAUUAACACACUGCAGUGUGAUGUCGUGAUCGGAGCUGAUGGACGACGGAACACACUGCCAGGGUUCAGGCGUAAGGAGUUCCGAGGCAAGCUGGCAAUUGCUAUCACAGCUAACUUCAUGAACCGUAACACCACGGCUGAGGCCAAGGUGGAGGAGAUCAGUGGAGUGGCCUUCAUCUUCAACCAGAGGUUCUUUCAGGAGCUACGGGACGCCACGGGAGUGGACCUGGAGAAUAUAGUGUACUACAAGGACGACACGCACUACUUUGUGAUGACGGCUAAGAAGCAGAGUCUGCUGGAGAAAGGAGUCAUUCUGCGGGACAAUGCAGACACAGAAACACUUCUCUCACGGGGAAACGUGGACCAGAAUGCACUGCUGGCCUAUGCCCGCGAGGCGGCGGACUUCUCCACCAAUCACCAGCUGCCAUCCCUGGACUUUGCCAUGAACCACUACGGGCAGCCUGAUGUUGCCUUGUUUGACUUCACCUGUAUGUACGCGUCGGAGAACGCUGCACUGGUCAGACAGAGACAUGGACACCAUCUACUGGUCACGCUGGUGGGAGACAGCCUUCUGGAGCCAUUCUGGCCCAUGGGGACAGGUAUAGCACGGGGGUUCCUGGCAGCACUGGAUUCUGCCUGGAUGGUACGGAGCUGGGCUCAAGGCCUCGCCCCUCUGGACUUACUUGCUGAAAGAGAGAGUCUGUAUCGUCUCCUUCCUCAGACCACUCCAGAAAAUGUCAACAAAAACUUUGGUCAAUACACCGUAGACCCAGCUACCCGCUACCCUAACAUCAACCCUCAACUCAUCAGCCCUGCACAGGUGGGCCAUCUAAUAUACACAGGAGAGAAUGGAGGUUCGGGUGUGGUCCAGGAACCGCAACCCCGAUCCCCCUUGCCAAAGCUACUACGACAGGAGUCCUUCUCUCGCUCCAGUAAGCUUUUGUUGUGGUGCCAGCAGCAGACGCAGGGUUACCGUGGCGUUGCUGUUAGCGACCUCACUACAUCCUGGAAGAGUGGCCUAGCUUUGUGCGCCCUCAUCCACCACUACCGCCCUGACCUCAUUGACUUUGCCUCUCUGGGGGAGGAUGAGGGGGAGGUGAAUAUGAGGUUGGGGUUGGAGGUGGCAGAGAAGGAGUGCAUCUCUCCUGUGAUGACUGUUGAGGAGAUGGCGUCUGUCAGUGAAACGGACACUCUCUGUAUGGUCAUGUACCUCAGCCAGUUUCACCAGCUCUUCAAGGACGCACUGCCCCCAAGUGAAUCCCAGACUGAGAGCCCAGAUGGGAGGGCUGCUGUGAUCGGUCCUGCCUCUCUCCUCAGCCGCCUGGGCCACAGCCCAUCCCGCAAGCGCAACCCCAAGGAGCAGAAGGAGAAGGAUGCGGUGGGGAAGAGGAGGAAGACCAGUCGGCCAUGUCUGGAGGACGUGAAACAAGAUCGCAGAUUAAGAUCUCAGGACAGUUAUGAGGAAGAGGCUGUCCCGUGCUCUGUGGGUGGAGCAAGCCAGAGCAGAGUGCGCUCGAUGGCCAAUCAGCUGCUGGCCAAGUUUGAGGAGAAUGCCCCUUGCCCCUCCUCCACACCAGCUGCAGCUCUACGCAGACAGGGGGACUCCAUGCCCACGCUUUCACCUCCUCCAGCAUCCCCUGACCCCCAGGCCCAGCCAGCCCUUGUGGCCUCCGCUGCCACCUGGAAACAGAAGAAGCGCACGCAGCAGCAGGAGCAGAUGAGUUUUAAGUACAAGGAAAAGGUCAAAUGUCACACUCUGCCCAGCAGGGGGGAGCAGAAAUAUGUUCAGAUGUACACAGGGGGAGUGAGCUCAUUGGCUGAACAGAUAUCCAGUCAGCUUCAAAGUCUUGAGUCACCUUCACCCCAGCACACUCCUGAUAGGAAGGAAACGGCUGCCGUUCGCUCUGUGUUGGCAGGGUCAGGAGGGGCCAGUGAUGUGUGUUUCUUCUGCAGUAAGCGCGUGUACGUGAUGGAGAGACUCAGUGUUGAGGGACUGUUCUUCCACAGGAGCUGCUUCCAGUGUGACCACUGCAGCUCCACCAUCCGCCUGGCCUCCUACGCCUACGACCGGCCUAACGGGAAGUUCUACUGUAAGCCACACUAUGACAUCCGUCUGGUUGGGCCGGUCCAGAGGAAGAGGGCAGCCCCCCCGACCUCCGAUCAGCCCCCAACCCCCUACGAACGGACCCCUUCUCAGCGGACCCACCUGGAGUCCCAAGCUGCUCUGUCCACUAACCCUCGCUCCUCAGUGACAGCGGAUCGCAAGUCCUCAGUGGCAUCUCUGAUUGAGAGGGAGUGUGGCUUGGCUAAGCGCGUGCACGGCACGCCAGAACGUAUAGAGUUGGAGAACUACCAUGUGAGCCUGGGGAGCCUGGAGACUGAACAGCUAACAGAUGAGCCGGAGGAGGUGCCAGAGGAGACGCUGGCCAAUUACAACCUCAGUCUGCUAGUGACAGAGGAGAAGAAGGCCAAUCACAAGCGCAGCCCGUUGUGGGACAAGAGCAAUGAGGGCUCCAGUUCGGAAUCAGAGACGGAGGAGGAGGGGGAGAGGCAGCGGGCUCAAACCAAUGACCUGGCUAGAGACUCCUGGAGGAAGGCCAUGGAACUACACGCACGCCUCCGAGGAGAGAGAGGAGACGACGACGAAGAAGAGACAGAAGAAGGAGAGGAGGAAGGAGAGGUUGAUGAGGAGGAGGAGGAGUUAUCUAGUGAUGAGGAAGGAUCAUCCCCCCUCACUGCUCAGGAGGUAGCCUCGUUGGACGAGUGGCAGCAGAGCACACACUCUCCAGACACACUCACGCCUGACUCGACAGCACCCGAUACACACGGUCCACACAGCCCCACCAGUGCACCCAAUAUCACCUUCUCCACUCCAGCCACUGCCUCAACACCAUUCACCCCCUUAACGUCACAUGCACCCACAUCAAUGUCCUCUGUCUUUACCUACCCCUCCCCUAACUCCUCCACCACCUUGGGCUGCUUCCCCGGUCCGGAAGUGGGAGAGGAGGAUGGGGAAGUGAAAGAGAGGAAGGAGAGAAAAGAGCAAGAGGAGAGGGUGCGUGACCCCAGCAGUAGUUCGGGGAUCGGUGUGGGCGGGAGCUCCACCACCUCUACCUCGGACCCUCUCACCCCUCCCUGCAUCCUUCCCCUCGCCCAGCACAGGGCAUGCUGGGAUAGCCUGCCCCACCCUGAUGUGGAGGCGGAGUCACUGCAGAGCCCCGCCCCUCGCCCUGCCCCUCGAUUUGUCCCCGCACCUAUCAUGGCGUCGGCUGUUGUGCGGGGGGUCGGGGGCAAGAAACUGAAUCCGUGGGACGUAGGUGGGGGAAGCGGGCCUGCCGCGGGGGGGUCUGUUGGAGCGGGGUCUCUUGGGGAGCAGCUGUGUAAGGGUGAAGUAAUAGACCCCUUAGAGGACAUCAGCUCCCCCUUGUCCCCCCUGAAGCCCCUUAAGGCAGUGCCCAGAGACGAGAGAGAAAUCGGGAGGAAGAGGGAGAUGGAGAGGAGGAGGGAGAUAGAGAGAGCAGCCAUGGGGGUGGGCUGGGAGGACAUGAAAAUCACCCUAGGAAGGGAGCCUCUCCCAGGGAAGAGCAGAGAAGGUCUGGACCCCCGCAGACUCACAGAGAGCCUUCCUCCCCUCCUUCUCCAGGGGGGCUUCAUCUUCCCUUCACGUAAGUGCCACAGGGACAACCAGCCCCCCAGCCAGAGUGUGUCUGAAGCGGGCAUAGGAGAGGGUGGACCCCUGGGCCUGUGGAGAGCUGUCAUCUCUGGCUAUAAGAGGGACAGGAAGAAGAAGGGCAGGACUUCCCUUCCCAAUUCGACAACAGCCCCAGCCCCCAAAGAGCAGGGCAGGAGGAAAACUUCUGCAGAGAGAAGAGGUGUGAAGUUCAGGGAGCGCCAGAGCUGGUCGGAGCCGGAGGAGUCAGACAUCACCUGCUCUGUUGUGAUGGAGAGAUGCUCCAUGAACCCCAAGGCCAACCUUCGUCUGGAGCUGUUUGACCUAGCGUCAGACCUUCAGAAGGACACCAUUGAGGAAGAGGAGAAUGAGGAAGGGGAGUCUGCAUAUGUGCCUCAUGCCCUGGCCUUUAAGAGGGCGUAUGCCAUUAAGAGGCACGUGGGGAAAGAGAGGGAGCUGGACAGCUCCCCCCAUAUGGAUACACAGCGGAAGUCAUCGUGCCCUACGGAGGUGGUGGGGGUACUGGUGCACAUGAAGGACCCGUCCAGCCUGGAUGUGUCAGAGGCCAUGUUCCACAGAGACCCAGAGGAGGAGGAGCUAGAUGCCAGGUUAACACGCAGGGUACAGAGGGCAGCGCGCAAACAGGCCAAACAGGAGCAACUCAAGAGACUGCACAGAGCCCAGAUGAUCCAAAGGCAGUUGGAGCAGGUGGAGGAGAAGCAGAGGCAGCUGGAGGAGAGGGGCGUGGCUGUGGAGAAGGCCUUGAGAGGGGAAGCAGACUACUGGGGAGAGUCGAAUGACAGUGAAGAGCUGGACUUGCACCUGGGAGUCAUGGGCAGGCAGGAUGAUCCAGCUCUGAUGCAGCAGUGGUUCAAGCUGGUCCAGCAGAAGAACUGUCUGAUGCGCUAUGAGUCAGAACUAAUGAUAUUCGCUCGGGAGCUGGAGUUAGAGGAUAGACAGAGCCGUCUCCAACAGGAGCUCAGAGAGAGGAUGGCAGUGGAUGACCAUCUGAAGGGUGAGGCAGAGCUGGCUGAGGAGAAGCUAAUCCUGGGGGAGAUGUUGGAGGUGGUGGAGCAGAGAGAUGCUCUGGUGUCUCUGCUGGAGGAGCAGCGGCUGCAGGAGAGCCAGGAGGACAGAGACCUGGAGGCCAUCAUGCUGUCCCGAGGCCUGGGCCUGCACAACUGGGCCCGAACCUGAACAACUGGGCCCGAACCUGAACAACUGGGCCCAAGCACAUCACUUCCCCUCUAAAGCUGCGAUCAGGGUCACGGUUGUGAGGUCACUUCCCCUCUGAUACAACGUUAUGACCAGGAUCAAGGCGGGACAGUGUCUGGAUGAUCAGUUUUUAGGAUUGAAGAUGUUUCUCCAAUCCCCACUACUACACACAUCUUGCUAUACCCCUGACUGACGGG